AUGUAUUUGUUUAAGAAGGCCAAAGACUCCAUUGUCAAUUCGCUGCAAUAUGAUAAGGGUUCCCCCCUUAUGCGGCUACAAAGCGUCUGCAAGGGGAUCCUGUGGUCCACCUUCCUUGUCUCUUUCGCGCUGCUCUUGCUAACUGUGUUGACCAUGUAUUUCGAGCGGACCAUUUUUCUCAACAAAGACCUGCUACAAACUCUCACAGUGGCGUCGUUCCUUCUCUGUCUCCUGUCCCUAACCAUCCUGAGAAGAAAAAGUGGAACCUACAUUUAUGCCAAAGUCGAGAUGUACCCUUUUUCCUUUAAGGACUUGAUUGACGUGUCGCUGGUGACGGGGACGGUCACCAUCUCGGUGCUGGACAUUUUUCUGUGCUACCUUUUCCUUAUUGUGAUAUUCUUCACUUUUUUAACGGCGUUAUUUUCCCUUUAUGUAUGCCUAGACAACCCAAGCAUGAAGGACAACGAGAAUAUCAGCCUUUUCAGUAUCCAAUUUACAUCCAUUUCGUACAUCGGGCUGUACGCGAUAACUCAAUUUUGUGCAUUCAAAUCUAUGCCUUACCAUCCAGUGGAAUAUUUGGGAUAUAUAGUUAAGAAUAUCAUGGAAGACAUCUUCUGUGUUGUGAAGAAGGCGUGGAAGUUUAUAUAUUAA